UUUUUCUUAAAAAUUAAGUGGCGACUCUAAAACCAGUCCAAAUUAUAUUUUCCAAAUAAAACAGUACUUAAUGUGAUUACAAACAUGUUAUGGGGUGGCACAGUGAAGGGUGAGGAAAGAGCUAGCCUUGGAGCUGAAUUUAGGCAUGUUGUGACUGAGAUAGCUGCGCUGUGCAGUAUUCCCAAUCUUUCCGAUUUUUACCCGGGCAUGGCCUGGUUUGAUUUCCAGGGUAUUACAAAGAAGAUGAAGGUGUUGGCAAAGAGAUUUGAUGAGAUAUUUGAGAGCAUGAUUGAUCAAAGACAAAAAUUGGACAGAAAUGGUGUUGGCCAAGAAAGCAACGACUUUUUGCAAGUUUUGCUGAAGUUGAAAGAUGAAGCAGAUGCCACAAUGCCUCUGACCAUGACUGAAAUCAAAGCCUUACUUAUGGAUAUGAUUCUCGGUGGAACUGACACUACUGCCAACACAGUUGAGUUUGCCAUGGCUGAAAUUAUGCACAAACCCAAUGUCCUGAGAAAAUUACAACAAGAAGUAGAUACAGUUGUGGGAAAAGAUAAUAUUAUGGAAGAAUCUCAUAUUCAGCAAUUACAAUAUCUCUAUGCAGUGAUGAAAGAAGUCUUGCGCAUACAUUCAACUGCUCCAUUCUUGGUGCCACACUGUCCUAGUGAAACAUGCACUGUGGGAGGAUACACUGUUCCUAAAGGAUCUCGUGUUUUCAUAAAUGUAUGGGCUAUACACAGAGAUCCUUCUAUAUGGGAAAAUCCAACUGAGUUCCGUCCAGAGAGAUUUUUGGACAAUAAAUGGGAUUAUAGUGGAAAUGAUUUCAACUAUUUCCCAUUUGGUUCUGGCAGAAGAAUGUGUCCGGGGAUAGUCAUGGCAGAGAGGAUGUUUAUGUAUUCAGUAGCUUCACUCAUUCAUUCUUUCGACUGGAAAUUUCCCGAAGGAGAGACAUUAGACCUUACAGAGAAGUUUGGUGUUAUAUUGAAGAAGAAAAUGCCUCUGGUGGCUAUACCUACUCCAAGAUUAUUCAAUCCAACACUGUAUGAGUAAGAUAAAAAUGUGUUUGUAGAUGUUCUGUAUGAUGAAAUUAAGAAUAUAAAACCUGCAAUUCAGUGUGCCUGAAUUACCACUAGUUCAGUAGGUCUAUUCCAGAGUCUUGGAAACAUACAGGCAUAAGGCUCCUGUUUGUAAGAUAAAAAUAAGCCCCAAUUUCAUCCUGUAAAUUCAAAAUCUUAUGAAGGUCCUGAGCUUUGUUAAA